AUGGUACGUCGGGAGCCACUAGAUCAAAUAUGCUUGGUCAUGUGGCACAUUGAGCGAUGCAAGAUCAACUUGCCGCAAAUUGCUACUAAUUGAGAACUUAAGUUAUAGUACCAUGACGCCUCCUAGUCAUCAGAUCAUCCUUUAAGGCUACAUGCAUGCUAAGUGGUGUCAGAUUCGUGAACCGUCGAUAGAUUGCUUUAUAAAUCUAGUAUCAUGGUGAUUUGCUAGCCGUAGGAUCUAACUAAUCUGAUGACGUGACUUGCUAAAUACCACUAGAUCACACUACGCUCUAGAUGGCUGCAUUGAAAUGGACGAAAAUGAUUAGGUCCCACAUCGGAAAUAUUUUGGUGCAUGAGCUGAAUUUAAACUAAAGCUACACCCUUUCAGCACAUAUCUUUUCUCACAAAGUAAAAUAAUGCCUAGGACCAUUUUGGAGAUAGCAAAAAGCUGAUCCACCCUCGUGCACACAUGUGUAUGGAUACUUGACGUGACUCAGUCGUUGUAUAUUAAAUCACACAAAUCUAAAAUUUAUAAAACUAGAAAAUAUGAAUUUUCGGAUAUUUAGAAGUAUUUCUAAAUAAAUAUAUCAAUUAUAAUUCAAUAAAAAGUUCCAAAAAUAGCAGUAAUUUCCUAGGUCGAUCACAGGAAUGAAAUAUAAUAUUUUGUAAUUAUUCAGAGUUUUUCUCAAUGAAUACGAUUUUCUAUGAAUUUUAUACUAGGAAAUGAAAAGGAAAUAUAUUUAAAAUUCACGAAAAAAAGAGGAAAUAAGGGUGCGGACGACAGGAUGACGUCAGCACCCGGCGAACGCGAAUCGGGCGGAAACAGAGUUCCGCCCGGCGAUUCUUACGUAAGCGAUUACAGACGAUUUAAUUAAUCAAAUUAAGAUCUGUAAAAGCCGGAAGAAUCAUAAUUUAACGAAGUAUAGUUUGGUAAAUUAAAAUCACACAAAGUAUCACUAAAUGAAGCGUAAAUUAAAUUGAAAGUAGGAAAACAGAGUUCCGGCGUCGCGACGGCGAUGCGUCGGCGAUGCACAGGAAUCCUGAGCGUUCGGGAGGAUCGUCGUGCAGUGUCCACGGCCUCGAAGGCUCUCCUUGGACAAAGACAACGUGGGCAAUCUCUAGAUCUUCUCGCGAAGUCUAGAGAUCAAUGAAGUGGGUCGUCGAAUCGUCUCCGGCGGCUGUCACCCGGCGGAGCGGAAAAACGGCGACUUUGCGGCUCUCCGGCGGCUGUCACCCGACGGAGAGGAGCUGGAUGGAGGUGGGGCGCGUGUCAGGGAGCUUCAUCCUCAGGUCCGCGCAGCAAGAGGAGGCUCUUCAUCGCAUCUGGUACGCUCUCAGGAGGUGGCGACUGGUCUCCCGGCGGAUCGUCCUCUUCCCGACGACGGCUUGUUCGUCGAUCAAUCGGAGAUGA